ACCGAGCGGGACUAAAGUUUCUCAUUUUCCCCCGUCAGCGUGCCCCGCGCCAAGGUGAUGAGCGCCGAGGAGCGCGAGCGUCUGCGCGCCCUCUUCCACGUCUACGACGCCGACCAGUCGGGCAGCAUCGAGCGCGGCGAGUUCUUCACCAUCUGCACGGAGCUGCAGGUCAGCCCCAGCGAGGCCGAGCGCCUCUUCAACCGGCUCGACGUCGACCGGGACGGCACCAUCACGCUGCCGGAGUUCCUCGGCGGCUUCCACCAGCGGCACCGCACGGACGCCGAGCUGGAGCCGAGACGGGAAGAUGACGACGGCGAGGGCGACCGCCGGGAGUCGCGCGGCGCCGCCACGGCCGCCGCCGCCCCCGCCGCCGCCUGGGAGGACUUCGCAGCCCGGAUGGGCGAGCACGUCAACUUUAUUCCAAAACACGAGCCAGUGUCGACGUUGUACCAGAACGUGAGCGUGAACGAGCCCCGGCUCGUCCCUCAGCUGGAGAAAGUCGUGUUCAGCUUCACCAAGGAGAUCAAGCAGCAGAAUGCCGAAAUGGAGAACCUGGCGCUGGCCAUCAGGCGAGCGCAGGAUCAAGCGUCCAUGCAGCUGAGCGAGAUGGAGGAGGAGAUGGACCAGCGCAUCCAAAGCACCGAGAGGAAAGUCCGCGAGCAGGAGAAAAAGCGAGGGGAGGCGGAACUUGACGAGUUGCGGAGAACGUAUGAGACGGAAGUCUGUGAGCUCCAAUGUAAGAUCCAAAGAAUGCAAAUGAUUGAGGAGAAGUACAAGAUCAUCACGGUGAAGGACGAGAGUCCGGCCCUGAAGAAGAAAAUCAACGAGCUGACGUUGGAGAAUCAACGCCUGAAGCAGGAGCUGCUCAAGUCUCAGACCAAAGUGGCGUGUCUGCAGAGCGACAUGGACUCCCUCAAGACCGAGCUCGCCGACCAGAGCAUCACCUCGGAAAGAGACGAGGAGCUGAUGAAGCAGUUUUCUGACGAACGAGACAUCCUGGAGAGCCAGAUUGAGAUCCUGCAGGAGGCGAACAGGAAGCUCCACGACAGCAACGACGGCCUGAGGGCUGCUUUGGAGAGGACCACCAAGUCAAGUAGCAGCGGCCUUGUCGGCACCACGAAGGACAGAAACAGAAGUAAAAGCAUCGGCUACCCGUCGCCGUACGCUCUGGACAGGUUCUGCCAGCGCCCCGACGACUACCCUGUUUUCGGGCGGCGGCCCAGCAGCGACUCGCUGGCGCUGGCCCUGUGCGACCCGGGCCUGAAGCGGCGCAACAGCAGCGAGUGCGAGGAGGAGAGCCUGCCGGAGAUCUACGUGGACAGCGGCCUGUCCACGCUGCGGGGCUCGCACGGCGGCUACGACUCGGAGCAGGAGGUCAAAGGUCAGGGCGAGGAGGACGAGGACGAGGCGCGGGCGGAGGAGACGCCCAGCAAGAAAAGGAAGGAGGCGGUCAACAAACGCUUGAUCGAGGAGACCUCCGAGGAUGAGCCGGCGGAGACGCAGGACGCCGAGUCGGCGUUCGGCUCGGACAGCAGCUCCGUUCUGGACUGGAAGCCGUCCAAACCCGCGGGGCCGCCGGCGGUCCCGCCCUCCCCCUUCGCCUCGCCCACCCGAAAAGCCGUCAGCGCCAUCAGCGUGCGGAAGGUGGAGAAGGACAGCGGCGACCUGGGCUACAUGACGUCCGAGAAGGCCUACAGGAUCGUCCUGGCCGGCGACGCCGCCGUGGGCAAGUCCAGCUUCCUGCUGCGCCUCUGCAAGAACGAGUUCAAAGUCAACUCCAGCGCGACCCUCGGCGUUGAUUUCCAAAUGAAGACUUUCAUGGUGGACGGAGAGCCCACCCUGUUGCAAAUUUGGGACACGGCCGGACAAGAGAGAUUCCGCAGCAUCGCCAAGUCUUACUUCCGGCGAGCGGACGGCGUGCUGCUGCUGUACGACGUGACGUCCGAGCGGAGCUUCCUCAACGUGAGGGAGUGGGUGGACACCAUCGAGGACGUGUCUCAGGAGGACGUCCCCAUCAUGCUGGUUGGCAACAAAUGUGACCUGAGGCGAUCGGCACCCAACUGUGUGCCCACCAGCUACGGCGAGAAACUGGCCAUGACUUACAACACUUUGUUCUGCGAAACCAGCGCCAAAGAUGGCUCCAACAUCCUGGAAGCCGUGCUGCACCUGGCUCGGGAGGUGACCAAACACGCAAAGUUCGACGAGCAGCGUCGCGACCAGGCGCUGCCCAACUUAGACGCGCCCAGGAAGAAGCCCAACUUCUCCUGCUGUAACUGAGCCAGGAAUCGAGGAAGACGGAACGCAGCAAAAGGAACAACAACGAAAAGAGACCUUGUGGAUGUGCGGACAUUUCAAGUCGAGCAGAGCGCGACGGCAACUUGUGCCGUCGAUUGUCAAACUGCAGCCCGUCGUCAACUUUUCGGGGUUGACAUUCGCCACUCUGAGCUCCUUCGCCGUCAUUUUGCAGAUCCGACCGAUGAGAUGUGAACGAUUUAUUUGAACAUCCCUGUGAAAUGAUUUUUUUUUUUUUUUUUUUUUGUAUUUUAAGUGGACAUGACGCGUUGUUUGUUUUGUUUUAUGUGAAAGGACAAUUCUACAUUUGCUUGUUUUAUUGCGAUGAACUUAAACAGCAGUAGCACAGAAGCUAAUUGUCUGCAAUUUUACACUUUUAAAAAAUCUUUUUGCGCAAACUGCUAAUAUGAUCGUUGCCCUACAGUGUUACACAAAUUCAAGUGAUGACUUUUGAUUUUAGCAAGUGAAAAGAUGGAUGCUUCCUGUCUGUAUAUGUUUCUAUAAAUAAGAAUAAGAAUAAUAAGUGUAUUACGAAAGUCGCUGAUGAUGUAGUGGUACACACGCCUGCCUUGGGUGCGGGCAGCGUGAGUUCGAGUCCUGCUCGGUGAUGGUGUUGAUACCCGGUGACCAGUUCACGGUGUAGUUCGCCUUUCGCCCGAAGCUUCAGCUUUCCUGCAACCCUUGUGAGGAUAAGCGUCUUGGAUCAUAACAUGACAUAUCUGUGUUACUGUUCAUGUGUUUUCGUAUGAGCUCCAUAUUUCAUUUAAACUGGACUCUUUUCCUGUUGAGGUUCCCCGUCGGAGUUUGGGUUUUACAAGCUAGCCCAAACCCGACAGUUCAUGUCCAGGUUCACGUUUGAUUGUUAAUUUAUUGUUAUGAAAAUGCGACGCAGUGCAAUCUCGGUUGAAAGGAGUCACACAUUAAAGCCGUCAAUUAAAUCCGACAUGACG